AUGGUCCAGACAGUUAACGAUGACAAUCCGGUGCAUGCUGAUCCAACUCUAAGUGGAGUGUUUAUUACUCCAACAUUAAUUAAUGGCAUAGGCGCUACUAGAAUUCUUGUCACUGCAGCUACUCUCAAGGGCACUCAAGUAGAGGUUAGUAGAACGAGCUAUGAUCUUCAAGCAAUGGGAGAUUUUGUGGAUUACAACAAUCAAGUUUCAAAACUGCAAGCAUUGGAGGGAAAAUCUAAGGCAUUGGACAAACAAUCAUCCUGCGGCCCCCAGAGGAAAGAAUGGCAAAAUAAUAAAGAAAUGACAAGCACCAAGAAGUAA